AUGUGCCACUUUCAGGUCUCCUCACACUGCUGGUGUGUAGAAUUUUUUGACAUAGGGUGCUGGCAGAUUACGGGCCUCCCAUAGCUGCUGCCAGGCCCCUAAUCUGCCAUGGGCCCCUAUAUACCGCCUCCUCAUGCUGCUGCCAGGUCCAGAGUCUCUCAUGGGUCCCUGUACGGCCUCCCAUUGCUGCUGUCUCCAUCGCCACACUCUGCCAUGUGCCACUUUCAGGUCUCCUCACACACUGCUGGUGUGUAGAAUUUUUUUGACAUAGGGUGCUGGCAGAUUACGGGCCUCCCAUUGCUGCUGCCAGGCCCCUAAUCUGCCAUAGGCCCC